AGCAGCACUCUCUCCAAGAUCCCCGAGCCCGAUAGCAGCCCCACGAUGGUAAUUAUCCUCGGCCUCCUCCUGUACGCUACCCCUGCGGCUGCCCAAGCUGGCCACCAGCACGCGCGGGCCACCGAUUCUGCUGGGGCUGAGGCGCUCGUCGGAGCGGCGCCGGCCGAGGCCCCGCUGGACCGUGUCGGUGUGGCGCCGCGCCGCUUGACUGGCUACGUCAUGACCGACAGCAGCAUCUGGACGGCCCGCAACGCGUGGCUCUCGGACAGCGCCGCCGCCGAGGCGACGUACGGCCACAUCUCGACGUGGGACACAUCGGGGGUCACAGACAUGUCGUAUUUGUUUUGUACGGAAUCAAGGAUUUCGACUAAAUGCAAAACGGCCGCGGCGUCCUUCAACGAGGACAUCAGCGCGUGGGAUACCUCCGGCGUCACGACGAUUUACAGGAUGUUCUACUACGCCUCGGCCUUUAACCAGGACCUCGGCUGGUGCAUGGACGACGACGCGUACCUGUGGAGCGCGUUCUCCGGCACCCCGUGCGCCGAGACGUCGUGCGGCGUCUACGAAAAGGAGCAAGGCACCUGUGCGCCGACUUCAGCGCCGACAACAUCUCCCGCUCCGACAGUGACGCCAGCACCGACAGUUACGCCACUGAUCGCGGACGACAGCACGAUUAGAACGGCCGUGGCCCUCUGGCUCUCGGACCGCGCCGCCGCCGAGGCGAUGCACGGCCACAUCUCGACGUGGGAGACCGCACAAGUCACGGACAUGUCCUAUUUGUUCUUUCGCGACUCGACCUUCGACGAGGACAUCAGCGCGUGGGAUACUUCCGGCGUCACGACGAUGGACGAGAUGUUCGAAGGUGCACAAUCCUUUAAUCGUCCAAUCGGCGGCUGGAGGGUCGACAGGGUCACGCGCAUGUACCACAUGUUCGGUGCGGCCAAGGCCUUUAAUCAACCGAUCGGCAACUGGAGCGUGGGGGCCGUUACGCAACUGGAGAACAUGUUCAGAGCUGCCUCGGCAUUCAAUAACCCGAUCGGCGACUGGUGGGUCGACAAGGUCAAUGAUAUGAGCAGGAUGUUCGAAGACGCCUCGGCGUUCAACCAACCGCUCAGCAGCUGGCGGGUCGAAAGCGUCACGGAUAUGAAGGAGAUGUUCCAAGGCGCCAAGGCCUUCAACCAGGACCUAGGAGCCUGGCGGAUCGACACGGUCACGAAUAUGCGAGAGAUGUUUCAACGCGCCAAGGCCUUCGAUCAGGACCUCGGCUGGUGCGUGGACUACCGUGUGCAUAUGGAUGACGCGUUCGACAGCACCGCGUGCGAGUGGACGUCGUGCGGCGUCACGCACGGCAUCUGCUGGGGCCGGGACAAGAAUCGAAGUGGAGUCAGCCUCGUCGUGGUCAUCGUUAUCUGCCUCAUCCUAGCCAUCUGCGUCCCGCUCGCCGUAUCCUUCUGCUUCCUGGCCGGAACUUUUGGCUCGUGCUCAAAACACAAGAAGACGCCGUCCUCGCCGUCCUCGUCCGACAAGGUCUAAGUACAUACUGCGGAG